AGGGGUAGAGUAAAGAAGGGCAAAUGAGCGAGAAGACGGGGGAGUCAGUAUGAGUAUAAGAAGCGAUGCAGUUUUCUUGAGUAUUUGUUUGCGUCCAUAUGCAUACAUAAUGAAGGAGGAUUAGAGCAUGCUGCAAGUAAAUUUCUUCAGUGUGACGCUGUUGAUAACGCGAAAACGGACAUGAAAAGCGCGUAGUAUACUUUGCUGGGAGUGAAGGAGCACGAAAAGAGCCGCUGGAUUUGUAUAGCAGACUCGAGAACGAACAGUGGAACCGAUUGCCUUUCGCCAACAACACGGGGCUGACUGCUGUGCCGAAACUCAGAAGAGAGGGAAAUGACAAGCUACAUACAAAGUAUUCCAAACCCCUAAGGACUUCUCAGAACUAUUUUUAUUUUAUUUUUGCUUUUUGUACUUGUUUUGGUCAGAAUUCAUGGACAUCGGGAGAAUUGCUGGAGCCUAGUGACGGUCUACUCCUUUCAUGCAGUUUAUAGAAUUUUCAAAAGAGCACUGACCGUAGAAAACUCUUCAACGAAAUAAUCCCAUUUUGUUCAUCCAGCAACAACAGGUUGGAAAUCGGGGUAUCUGGAGUAGCUACUUGAAGAACUGACCGUGUUUAUCUCAAAACGCUUAUACAGCAAGUAGGAUUUUUACUUUCAAAUGUGCAUUUUCUGUGGCCAAAAUAUGGAAGAUUUAUAGAAUCCAUAUGUUCAGGUCUGACACAGUUUUUCUCGUGCAUUUGCAGCCACCACCAUGGCAAGAUUUGCCGGCUCGGUACAGUGCAUCCGCCGAUUAGUCUGGCCUUUUGGUUGUAUGUUGGUACUUUUUGGCUAUGUCUCAAUUGCUUCGCCUUCGCACGGCCGUCGGCUAAUAUGCUGGCAGGCAAUCAUGAAGUGUCAAGGAGAACCAGAAUGCUAUUACGCAUACGGACAGUAUCUGCACGCAUGUGGACCCGUAAUCAACGGAGAUAAAAAGAAGUGUCCCAGUCAUUGCAUCUCAUCGCUUGUGCAGCUCAACCUAACGAAAAACGGUCCAUCUCUGGAGGACUGCGACUGUGACUCGGAUCUCAUUUGCAGAAAUACAAAACGUGCCAUCGAGCCUUGUUUGCCCAGGACUAGCACUAUGGGCUGCACAGAAGCCCGACGCCAAUGCGAGAGUGAUGUAGAAUGCAGCGCUGCAAUGCGCGAUUAUUUAAUUCACUGUGGUAAACUGUUCAGUGGGGUAAGGUGUACGGACGGCUGCCGGAAUGUAAUCGCAGAUAUGCGCAUGAUUCCAAAAGCACAACUCUUGGAUACCUGCGUCUGUGAUGGAACAGAAAGGACUAUCUGUGAAUAUAUAAAAAUAAGCAUGAAAACCCUUUGUUUUGACUCUCACGAUAGUGGUAGUGGAUAUUCGGAUUCAGAAGAAGAUUCUGAUGACUACUAUGACGUCGAGCCAAUGCCAAAAUUUGUGGCAGGCGCAGGUCGGCUUUUAGGAGCCCAGUGUGUUUUGACCGUGAUGGCAUCCAUUUUGGUUCUCGUGCCUCUUCUCUAAUUCACGAGCUAAUCAUCUACCCGGACUAUUGUCAGAUAAGCGGCUUUUAUAAACCUUUGUUACCAGCCGCGCCACAGCAGUUGAAUGCUUUUGACUCCAAAGAGUAUAUAUAUAUUUUUUUGUCUUUGCAUGACACUUGAGUUUUUAAAAUGAGUUUUGUCCUGAAGGUUGUUCCGUUUUUAUACGCUGUGAUUUCGUCUAUGCAAUUUUUUUCAGUUUCUACUUUGGUCGAGGUUAUCCAUUUCUGGUCAGUAGAUUUCAGUAUUUAUUCUGACAGCGAAUGGUCUAAAAGUGAAGUAACUACGGCUACCAAAUACCUAAGCUUUGUAACACUAUUGCCUUAAAACAUAUGCUACGUUAAUAGCUUAUCACACGCUUUAUUGUAGCCUGAAUUGCCAGCAUUUGCGUGUCUUACAAAACAAAAUACUUUUUUAUAUUCUAAAGUACCAUAAUGCAUAUUUACACGUGUUUUGUGUUCCUUAGAACAAACAAUGCAAGUUUUAAACAGAAAGCUGUUCACUGCCAACAAUGAACUUGUGUUUAGUGUUGUUGCCGUUUUCAGGGUGACUGAUACUAUAACAUCUCCACAAAGUCUAUUUAAUGCUGGAAUUCACUGCGAGUAGCCUACACGUGUACGUAACGGGACAAAUGCAUCUAAAAGUAAUUUAUUUACAACGGUUAUGUUCACAACGGGAGUUUCAAUAUAUAUUGCUCAGUCAACAUAAAACGUGAGAAUUCCAGUUUUAAAGGGAAAUUAGUUGUAUGUAUUCUUAUAAAAACUGUACAGUGUAUGAUAUAGAUUUUCAGAGAAUCUUUUAAUUGUAUUCUAUCUAAGAUGAAUUAUUCACUGUGUAGAAAUGUCUGAAUCCACUGUAUAGCUGCCUUGAUGGUGUAUUUUUUAAGGAAGGCAUAAAAGAGACUUAUAGUAAAAAACAAAAAAUAUU